GACAUUCUAUAUUUAAUGAGAGUACUCUCCAAGAUAUUAUCAUAGACAUAGUUAAUUGCUUAAUGUCCAAAGCUACUGUUUUCUCAACUACCUUCACUUCACAUCUCCUUAUUGUUCAUUCUUGAACCAGUAAUUUAAUUUAAUUUAAUUUACACACCCUACCACCAUAAAUUCUCUCUUUCUUAUGUAACCUUCCUGGUAGUUUCUCAUUUUUGUUUUUUCUUUUCUUUUUUUUUUACUCUCUUCCUCAUCUUCCUUGCUCUCUGAUUUUUGCUCAAUGGUCCAUUUUCAAAGCCUUCCAACUUUCUAUCUCUUUUCUUGAAUAAAAAAUAUUUCUUUUUUAAAUAUAAACUCCAUGAACCAAAUGAAGCAUAAAUAAACCCUUUUGUGUUCAAUACAAAUUUUCUUCAAAAGAGAGUUUCCUUUUUGGGGUAAUAUUUAAUUUUAAUGCUCUUGAAAAUUAUUCAUAUUUAAAGGUUUCAUUUUUUUAGUCUUUUGAAAUUUGAAGGAUUUUAAUGCUCAAAUUUAGUUCAAUGAGAUAUUUUUAUCUCAAUCUUAUGGUUAUUUCCUUCUUCUUGUUUAUCCAUAGUACUCAUGAGCUAAGUAAAAUAGUUUUGAUUAUAUGCUACCUUUGAUGCCAAAAUCAUUAGUCACAAUAUUGCUAAGUAAAAAUUCAUUCUCAGGUGAGAUUCCUAGUGAGUUUGGUGAAUUGAACCAGCUUCAAAAUCUUGAUAUUUCAUCAAAUAGUCUUAAUGGGGUGCCACCAUUUUCUUUGUUCUCUUUGAAUAACAUUAGUUAUUUGAAUUUAGCAAACAAUGUUCUAAGUGGUUCUCUUCCAUAUAAACUAAAAUGUGGAACCAAACUUGGGUUUCUUGAUAUUUCUAAUAACAUGUUAAGUGGUUUAGUUCCUUCUUGUUUGGAAAGUAGUUUUGAUAGAAGAGUUGUUAGAUUUGGUGGAAACUGUUUUUCUAAUGAUUCUCAAACUCAGAAGCAUGGUUCUUAUUGUGAAGAAUUUAGUUCAGGAAGGAAGAGAUUUUGGAAUUGGGAAAUCGAUGCAGAUUUUGGGAUCAUUGCUGUGGUUGUUCUUUUAGUGUUCGGUUUUGGAGUUUUGUUUUAUAGAAAGAAUCAUUCAAGAGAGAUAUAUAGGCAUGAGAUGUUGCCAAAGAUUGUUCAAGAUGAUUACAACUCAACAACAGGAGUUUCCUCUGAACUUCUUGCUAGUGCUAGAUUCAUUUCUCAAACAAUGAAGCUCGGAAAACAAGCUACUCCUAUUUGUAGACACUUUUCGAUUGAAGAGUUGAAGGAAAUCACAAGAAACUUUGAUUUGUCAACUUAUAUUGGUGAAGGAACCAUAGGAAAGUUGUACAAAGGUAAACUAGAGAAUGGAUCUUAUGUGAUGAUAAGAUCUUUGGCUCUGAAAAAGAAGUUUUCAAUACAAAAUCUCAAAGCUGGGUUGGAUUUACUCUCAAAGCUUCACCAUCCAAAUUUGGUUAGUCUCUUGGGUCAUUGUAUUGAUCAUAGUGCAUCAGAUGGUACAAGUAUCCACAAACUUCAUCUUGUAUACAAGUAUGUGCAAAAUGAAAAUUAUCGUAUGCAUUUGUCAGAAUUUUCACAAGAUAAGGCACUAAAAUGGUCUGAUAGAUUGGCGAUUUUAAUUGGAGUUGCCAAGGCUGUGCAUUUUUUACAUACUGGAAUUAAACCAGUUUGUUUUAGAAAUCGUUUAAAGACGAACAAUGUUUUACUUGACGAACAUCGCAUUCCAAAACUAAGUGACUAUGGUAUGUAUGUGAUUACCGAAGAGAUCGAAAAUAUUGAGGCAAAGGGAGAGGAUCCAAAAUCUUGGCAAAGGGAAGAAUUAGAGGAUGCUGUAUACAAUUUUGGAUUCAUAUUGUUUGAGUCACUUGCUGGACCCAUAGCAAGUGAGAAAGGAGAAGCAUUUUUUCUCAAUGAAAAUGUAAAUGUUUUUUAAAACUCUGCCUUAUUUUUCCUUUUGAUUAAUGAGAAUAAUAUAUGCACAUACAAUUUGUCUCGCAUAUAUCAUAUAUGUUAUAUUAACUAACUCUCGUGCCUAUUUAACUACUUAGUCAUGUAUACUAUCAAACUAAUUCAUCUUCUAGUUAGCUACUUGAUGACGUGGCA